UCUCCAUCCAUCUCCUCGAAAUAUCCAAGAAUCGAAACCAUGGCUGAACACCCAUCCUUCACUCUGGCUUGCCUGCUGCCGGUGGGUGGCAUCGCCGGCUACAUGCGGACGCGUUCCGCUCCGUCCCUGAUCGCCGGUGUCGGCCUGGGUCUCUCCUACGCUUACGCAGGCUACCUGAUCAAGGAGAACAAGGACUACGGCACGGAAUUGGCCCUGGGAAACAGUGUGGUCCUCCUCGUCUCCGGUCUCAUGCGGACGAUCAAGACCCGCGCUAAGGCUCCUAUUCCCAUGGCUUUGGGUGCGACGGGUCUGUUGGCGUCUUUCUACUAUCAGAAGAAGGUGCGCGAGUUCAGAUUCGGCGUGUAAGAUAUCCGACUGGCCUCGAUGGGCAGCUCGAAUGAGUGCUAGUGAUAGCAUUAAAAUGUACCAUAUCAUGUGUCCUUUAUUCAUUGUAAAUGUUUAAGCACAUCGGUGAAUUCUGUACAGUAAUGAGGUAUAUGCCUAGAGUUCCAAGAUUUCCGAGUCCUAAUUUGCCAAAUGAUUUUCUGUUCGUU